CUUCUCGAUUCCACGGACCACGGCUCGACGCCCUCGCUCAGUCUCCGCUCCGUCUCUCCCUGUCUCCCUCACGCUCUCCGGCCGACGACCUCCCUGAGGCUCAAGAACGACAGCCAGUCAGGCCUCACUGCCUCAGCCAGUCGCCCCAUUAUUCUGUCGGUUAUAGCAUGGCCGUUUGCUCAUCCCAUAAGUGUGGGUGCCCGCCGCGGGUGACUGGGAUUCCAGGAGAGUGAAGAAGAUAAGGAGCAAGAAGAAGGCCCUCAAUUUGUUUUUGGCCGUUGCUGGAAGCGGAGAAGUUGACAGUAACAACGAUUUUUUGAUUAUAGAUCAACUGUCAGAUAUGGAAAUGUUCUCUUUGGUCAAAACCUGUUCUUCCUCUCAAAGAUUCAUUUGUGUUCUGUGACUUUGAAGUGUCCUAUGUUACUGCGAGCAAGCAGUUAGCAGUGUCGGGGAAUGGCGACGAUAUUUCCCAACUUAUCUUCCGCAAUUUUCUGUGUAAACCCAUUUUACAGACCUUCACUUUACCUCACAAUCAGAGGUUUCAACAAACUGGGAGCACAGCAGGGACCAUUACGUCCCGCACGCUCUAUUCUCCGCUCUUCAUUCAAAUCUCUCUCAGCUCAACUUUCUUCUUCAAAUUUCAAUCCGGCAAUGGCGCAGACUCAAAACCAAUUAAUCCCAUACAAAAGUUUGGUUGUUCUGGGCAUUGAAACUAGCUGUGAUGAUACUGCUGCUGCUGUUGUGAACAGCAAUGGUGAAAUAUUAAGCCAAGUUAUCUCUUCUCAGGCAGAACUGCUUGCUAAAUAUGGAGGAGUUGCUCCUAAAAUGGCAGAAGAAGCACAUGCACAGGCUAUUGAUCAGGUAGUUCAAGAUGCCCUUGAUAAAGCUAAACUAACUGAGAAGGAUCUUACUGCUGUUGCUGUUACAAUUGGUCCCGGCUUAAGCUUGUGUCUGCGUGUUGGUGUACAUAAGGCUCGGCGAAUUGCUGGUGCUCACAGUUUACCUAUUGUUGGUGUUCAUCACAUGGAAGCUCAUACUUUGGUAGCCAGGUUAGUGGAUAGAAAGCUGCAGUUUCCUUUCAUCGCUUUGCUUGUCUCAGGAGGGCACAACCUUCUGAUUCUUGCACGCGGUCUUGGUGACUAUAUUCAACUUGGGACCACAAUUGACGAUGCAAUCGGUGAGGCAUACGACAAAACCGCAAAAUGGCUUGGUCUUGAUUUGAGGAAAAGUGGGGGCCCAGCUAUAGAGAAACUAGCUCUAGAGGGUGAUGCAGAGUCUGUAAAAUUUAAUGUUCCAAUGAAACAACACAAAGACUGCAACUUCUCAUAUGCAGGUCUGAAGACACAAGUGAGGCUGGCAAUUGAAGCCAAAAACAUCAAUGCUGGGAUAUCCAUCUCUUCAGCUUCUAGUGAGGAUAGGAAAGCUCAGGCUGAUAUUGCUGCAUCAUUCCAGCGAGUGGCAGUACUACAUUUAGAGGAUAAGUGCAAGCGGGCAAUUGAAUGGGCCUUGAAGAUUGAACCGUCUGUAAAUCAUUUGGUUGUAUCUGGGGGCGUUGCAUCAAACCAGUAUGUCAGGGCUAGGCUUAACGAGGUUGUUAAGAAGAACGGCCUGCAACUCGUGUGCCCCCCUCCCAGCCUUUGCACCGACAACGGUGUGAUGGUUGCUUGGACUGGCAUUGAGCAUUUCCUCGUGGGAAGAUUUGAUCCUCCACCUCCUGCAGAUGAACCUGAAGAUGCUCUGGUUGAUCUGCGCCCGAGGUGGCCGUUAGGCGAGGAGUAUGCCGAGGGAAAAAGCGAAGCUCGCUCAUUGAAGACAGCCCGGGUUCAUCCAUCCCUUACAUCUCUGAUUCAGGCAUCUAGGAAGCAACAAUCACAAUCUGCAGUCUAAGUUAUGCCAUUUUCUGAAGCUUCUGUUCUUCUCAUUCAAGAAAAUAACCACAAUCACUUCAAGAGUUGAAUGCUUUCAUGUGCUCAAACUGGAGAGUAUCAUGUUAUUACACAGCAAGCAAAAUCUUCCAAGAAACCAAAAUUUAUCUCUGUCACUCUGUGAUAAGCAUAUACCAUUUAGAUUUUAUAUUGUCUAUAUAGAACAUUUAUAGUACUCCGUAACUUUAUACUUUGAUUUACGAGAAAAUUUGUAACCAUUAUUCGAAGGUGCAUUAUAAUACAUUUAUACCUGGUUACCAGAGAUUGGGUUGUAUUACUUGUAUCA